AUGCCAUCGCGGCCUCCUCCGCGAGAUCAUCUCGAGCUCGAGGGAUAUUUCAAGGUGGCCGAAUAUUGCCCCGAUUUACUUUCGAACUACUCGAAUUCAUCAGGAACAAUAUCCUACGAGACAAUUAUCACUCCUCGACGUCCGGAACUCCGAGAAUUACGGCAAGCGACAGAGGCAACGAUGCCCAGACAGCAUUCACAUUACCUACGUGAGGUGGAACUACUUCCGCCGCCGUUGAUACCGGAAGUGGUCGAAUGGGACCUGGUGAAACGAAUCAACAAAUUGCUGCUUAACAAAGAAAAAUCGAAAAAGACCGUUGAAGUACACCGUGCAGAAAAGGGCACCGUGGAGCAAAGCAAGAAGAUCAUAAGUGAAGCUCUGUCCAAAUUUCUUUCUCGACCAACUGGCAUGGCAAUGAAUAUCUCAACGGUGGCGAACAGCAAACCUGCACGACUAGCCAUCAAG